AUGGCCAUUGCCAUGGGCUGGCAGAAGCCCGACAAUGUCGCUGGCUCGUCAGCGCCGGCCAUCAUGGUCGGGCUUUUUGUCGCUUCUGGUGGAUUGCUCUUUGGUUAUGAUACUGGGGGCGCGCUGGGAGCGGUCAAGGAACAAUACGUCCCAACUGGAGCGCCGCGUGCAAUCUCUUGGAAUGCUGCUGCGUUUUUGUGGAAAGCAAUCUGUUGUGCUAAUACCUUUUUCUCACUCGUUAGAGCCAUAAAUGGCAUCCUAGCCAUGAGUGCUUUCAAGACGCAGUUUGGUGCCAAUUGCCAUUCGACAACAACAAGCGACUCUUCGUUAUCGAUUUGUCCCAAAGAUGCGUCUCUCAUCGUUGCCAUCCUUAGCGCCGGCACAGCUAUCGGAGCACUCCUUGCCGCCCCGGCAGGAGACUCACUAGGUCGACGAAUCAGCCUCCUCAUCUCGGUAGGCAUUUUUUGUAUCGGUGCCAUCUGUCAAGUCUGCGCCAACGAGAUUGCCCUUUUGCUUGUCGGCAGGGCAUUGGCUGGCGUUGGUGUUGGCGCCGUCUCAGUUUUGGUCCCAUUAUAUCAGUCCGAAAUGGCCCCGAAAUGGAUUCGCGGAACAUUAGUGUGUGCAUACCAACUUUCAAUCACCGUUGGUCUACUAUCCGCCUCCGUUAUCAAUAUCAUAACAUCAAAACUCGACGACUCCUCUGCAUACCGAAUUCCCCUGGGUCUGCAAAUUAUCCCUGCCCUCAUUCUCACCGCCGGUCUGCUUGUGCUCCCUGAAACCCCGCGUUUCCUCGUCAAGCAAGGCAAAAAUGAGGCUGCCGGCCUUUCCUUAAGUCGUCUUCGACGGUUGGACAUUACACAUCCCGCACUGAUCGAAGAGCUGCAGGAAAUCAUCGCAAACCACCAGUACGAACUGAGUCUGGGUCCUUCAACCUACAGGGACGCCUUCUUUGGGACUCCUCACCUUGGUCGCCGGACAUUCACGGGCUGUGGUCUGCAGAUGCUUCAGCAAUUAACCGGCAUCAACUUCAUCAUGUAUUACAGUACGACAUUCUUUAACGGCGCUGGGGUCAACAGUCCGUACACGAAAUCUACAAUUAUCAAUGUCAUCAACGUUGUAUCCACCAUCCCUGGUUUGCUGAUUAUUGAAUCCUGGGGCCGGCGGAGCCUGCUGAUGACUGGCGCUUUGGGAAUGGCGACAUGCCAACUGUUCAUGGCGUCAUUUACUACAGCUGCCGGCGAGGAUUUUAAGAAUAUAAAGGAAACGAUCCUUGUUGUUUUCUGCUGCUUCAAUAUUUUCUUUUUUGCCGCUUCUUGGGGUCCAGUUGUCUGGGUCGUCACAUCAGAGAUCUACCCCCUGAAAGUACGAGCUAAAUCUAUGUCGCUCUCUACCGCUUCCAACUGGAUUUUGAAUUUUGGAAUCGCCUAUGCCACCCCAUUCAUGGUUGAAUCAGGUCCCGGAUCGGCUAGUUUUGGACCGAAAAUAUUUUUUAUUUGGGGUGCAUUCUGUAUCGUCGCUUUCAUCUUUGUUUGGUGCAUGGUCUACGAAACCAGCAAGAUCAGCCUGGAGCAAAUAGACGAAAUGUACGAACGCGUCAAUCACGCAUGGAACAGCAAAACCUUUCAGCCGAGCUGGAGUUUUCAGCAGAUUCUCGAUCAGGGCUGGUCGCCAAGUGGCAUCCCAGAACACGAGUUGCAAACUACAGCAUCACAAAGCAGCGCGGAUACGACGCUUGGCGACUCAGGGUCGUCAACUAUUACUAUACACCAUAGCGAGGAAGGCCACCAUGCAAGGCAAUCCAAUGAAAAUAAGGCGAUACCGAUGGCGACGGUUGAUUUCAGUUAUUAA